ACAAGUAUGACCAAAGACGACUCAGCAGAGGCCCCGUCCGAAGAGGACCACCAACCUCCGGCGUUCCAGAGCCCUGUUCUGGAGAGGAGGAAGAAGCCCAUUGUCCACCCUUCUGCGCCUGCUCCACUCCCCAAAGAUUAUGCUUUCACAUUUUUUGAUCCCAAUGAUCCGGCAUGUCAAGAAAUCCUGUAUGACCCCAUCACCACGGUCCCUGAGCUGUUUGCGAUCAUCCGCCAAUGGGUUCCCCAGGUCCAACACAAGAUCGACAUAAUUGGCAAUGAGAUCUUGAAGCGUGGCUGCCACGUCAAUGACCGGGAUGGCCUGACUGAUAUGACCUUACUUCACUACGCUUGCAAAGCGGGAGCACAUGGUGUUGGUGACCCAGCCGCUGCUGUGCGUCUCUCCAACCAGCUGCUGGCCUUGGGCGCAGAUGUGACCCUCCGCAGCCGCUGGACUAACAUGAACGCCCUCCAUUAUGCUGCCUAUUUUGAUGUCCCAGAACUCAUCCGGAUUCUUCUGAAGGCCUCCAAGCCAAAAGUUCUCAACUCGACAUGUAGUGAUUUCAACCACGGGACAGCUCUGCACAUUGCUGCUUCGAAUCUAUGUCUGGGGGCUGUUAAGUGUCUCCUGGAACAUGGUGCCAACCCCGCUGUCAGGAACAGCAAAGGUCAGGCCCCAGCUGACGUUGUGCCAGACCCGAUGGACAUGACCUUGGACAAGGCCGAGGCCGCCAUGAUUGCCAAGGAGCUGAAGCAGCUGCUGCUGGAUGCUGUGCCCCUGAGCUGCAACCUCCCCAAGGUCACGCUGCCCAAUUACGACAACAUCCCCGGCAACCUCAUGCUGAUCUCUCUCGGCCUCAAGCUCGGCGACCCCGUCAUCGUGGACGGGCAGAAAGUGGGUACUUUGCGAUUCUGUGGCACGACAGAGUUUGCCAGCGGCCAGUGGGUUGGUGUGGAGCUGGAUGAGCCAGACGGCAAGAACGAUGGCAGCGUGGGAGGAAUCCGCUACUUUAUCUGCCCUCCAAAGCACGGUGUCUUUGCUUCCGUGUCCAAGAUCACCAAAGCCACUGACCAGACACCUUCUUCGGUCACCUCAACCCCACGAACCCCCCGUGUGGACUUCUCCCGCAUGACUGCAAAGGGCCGCAAAGAGAAGGACAAGGACAAGAAAGCUCUCAGGAAGAAGUCCCUGUCGGUUGGGAGCCUAGACCGUGAAGGGUUGAAGAUCGAGAUUGGGGACCAGGUCCUUGUGGCUGGUCAGAAACAGGGUGUCAUCCGCUUUUAUGGGAAGACGGACUUUGCACCAGGCUACUGGUUUGGUAUUGAACUUGACAAACCCACUGGCAAGCACGAUGGCUCCGUCUUUGGUGUUCGGUACUUCACUUGCCCCCCGAAGCAUGGGGUCUUUGCUCCUCCCUCCAGAGUCCAGAGAACUGGAGGCCCCAAGGAUUCCCAGGGGGACGGCACUUCGGCAAAGAAGGUUCACCAAGUCACUAUUUCACAGCCAAAGCGCAACUUCACGGCAGUCAGAACCCCCAAAGACAUCACGUCGGAAAACUCCAUCUCUAGGUUACUUUUCUGCUGCUGGUUCCCGUGGAUGCUGCGGGCAGAAAUGCAGUCGUAAAAAUCCCGGAGAGCCCUCUUUCUCCUCCUCUUCCUCCUCUUCCUCCGCUGUCCCUCGGCUCUUCUAGUAAUCAAAGACUGCUCUUCAGUUUGUUCGCUCACCUCUCCUUCCCUGAUUGCUGUUCUAGUGAACCCCAGUGCCUUGUUACGACAUAUUAACACCAUCCUUCCAGUAGUUUGUGAGGAAAGUGAUACUGGU